UCUAUCUUCCAUCCCAUCAACCACUCUCAAAAAUUUCCAACUUCUUCUUUGCAAGAACAAAACUCUUCAGAAAAUCACACAUUUGUUUCAACAUUCAAAUUUCUCACUUCUUUAAUCUCUUCUUCAAAUGAGGCCUUCUUUUAUACUAGUCUCUCUUCUCAUUUUCUCACUUCUCCUUACAAAAACUCAAGGGAUACGUUUGGCGAAAGAGUCUUUAACAUUCGAGAAACAAAAACAUCAUGCAGAAGAAGAAGAAGUAGCUAUUCUUUGCAAUGAUCAACAAAAAUGCACAGGAAAUAUAAAGAAUAGGAAACUUGUUAGCACUUCAAUUUCCACAACUAAAUCUUUGUCAAAUGAUGUGAAGAACAAAGAUGAAGCAAAGGAUGUAAAAGUAAAAUCAAUGACAACUUCUUCUAAGUAUCUUCCUGAGGACUUUGUAGACAUAACUGAAAUGGAUUAUUCUCCAGCUAGGAAAAAAUCUCCAAUACACAAUUAAUUGAUUCUAUAGGUAGAAAAAAAGAAGACAGAAUUUCCUUAUUUAUGGAUAAAUGUAAUAUUAUUAUAGACAGAAAAGUGAUCAUUGCAGAAAUGCUGCAAUUUUUUAA